UAUAAAGGCACACACAAACAGACAGUCGCUAUAAAUCGUGCAGGCACUCAGCUCACUAGCUGAGCCUGUACUGUGGACACUGUCCAAGUGUUGUUUAUAUUCUGGGUCUUCUUGAGCAGAAUGACUUGACCUAUUCCAGUCCGCUGAAGUCAGUUUCGCAUCUGGACGGACGGUUGCUUGCCGAGUCUACCGCCGGCACGGGUGUGAAAUCAGUGAGUAGGAUUUUCUGGAAUCUUGUUGGCCAGACUUUGUGCAAAUGUCACCACUGUACUACUGUUGAUUUUUCGAGCCUGUAAUCAAUUUUCCAUUUGUGUGAGUGGAUCAUUGGACUGCCUUCUUGAAGUUCUUCUGCCUCAACAAAACCUGAGAGAUACUCGGAUAGGGAUGAUCUCUAUGGUCUCAGACUUCUCGGUUUAUCGCUGCCGGUGUUGGUAAGGACUUUAAUAGGUGUUGCACGUUUGCUCGCGUGACGCUCUAGGAGUCCUGUCCAAGCAGGACCUACUACUGCUGUCUUUCACUCUCACUCGAAUAGAAGCUAAAGUCACUCAUUCAGCAAUGCAGAGUUUCCGAUACGCGCUGCGUGCCGGCCAGCCCGCUAGUUCUAUGCAACAACAUACAUGCAGAAGUAUUAGUUUAGCCAGUAGAUCUACCUCUUAUCCCAGACCCAGUUUGGAGUAUGCCGUGUCGUUUCUUGGGCGGUCUCGUAGCAGGUGCAGUCCUAGAGCAAGCGGAAGUGAUUUUGCUUCAAUCAGCCAGCGCUCGUACUCAACGAGUCGCAAAGAAAAUUUAAAUUCGAAUGCAGGUAGUGCUUGUGGCACAGAGAGAAGCCAUGACUUGGCAUCAUCCAUUGAUACGCGAUCUAUGGCCACUGUGGCUGUCGGCGCGAAGGCCAAUGACCCCGACGAACGCAGUCAACUCGAGCCAACGGGCGAGCGUUUCAAUGAGAAACUUUUCGAUCGACGUCGUGCGUUGGUUUCGCGUUAUUGUUCGAGUGAGCUGACGAAUAGUGGUCAGUGGUGGUGCAGAGAUACAGCUCAUGCUCGUAAUGGCAGCAGCAAUAUCAGUGACGUUAGACAGGCGGCAGGGAGACCAGAAAGCAUGAUGAGUGAGAAUGUAUUCGGCCUUACGCGUAUGUCCAUCGGGGUUAGUGGACCACUGCUGGUACGUGGUAAAUAUGUGAAUGGCUAUACAUUGGUCCCAUAUGCAACUACUGAAGGGGCCCUAACAGCUUCUGCCUCUCGUGGUGCUUUGGCUUUGAGUCGAUCUGGAGGAGUCAGAUGUAGGGUGGAAGCUGAUGUAGUGCACCGCUCGCCUGUCCUGGUCAUGCGUUGUCUUGACGACUGCAUAACUGUACGCGACUGGGUGCAGGCUAACAAACAACGUAUCCAUGACAACUGCCCAGCAGAUGGCGUGACUAUGGUGGAGUGUGAUGUUCGAAUCGCCGGCCAUGGUCUUCAUUUCACGUUGGCGUUCGAUUGCAGUAAUGCUUUGGAGCAGAGUGUGGCAGCGACAGCAGCUGAUGAGAUAUUCUUCUACAUUCUUCACAGCAUCCAGAGAGACCUUCCCCACGUCCAGAUAGACCAGUACUAUCUUGAAGGGUUCAGAAGUGGCUCUCAGCAUGCAGGGUUUGUCAAUAUCAUUCGACCGCGUGGUAUGACAGUUCAUGCCGAGUGCUUUAUCCCCGAAUCUGUUCUUGCCGAUGUUCUGAAGGUGAGUUCAGAAAAGUUGCUUGCGGCGAGGCGUCAAUUUCAAGAAGGUGAAGCCAACGCUGGUUGUCCACUGGUGCAGAUGAACACGAGCAACGCCCUUGCAAGUUUGUUUGUAGCUACCGGGCAAAACACGGGAAAGGUGGUAGAGUUCAUCUCCAACAAUACUCUCGUGGAGACAGCAACAAGUAGCGACAUUGCUGCGUAUCAAGAGCAACUGAAAUCGGACCAUUCCGUCUACCUGCCCGAAUACGGCUCAGAUAAAGUUGAAUUCCGGAUACAAGACAGUGGUGAUGGAGUAGAGGAAGCAGGUAUCUAUGCUGGUGUCACAAUGCCUUCUCUAGAAUUGCACACGACAGAGAAAGGCUCUCUACUGCCAACUCAAAGAGAAUGUCUGCAGCUGAUGCACUGCACAGGAACUGAUGGUAGAUAUCGACUUGCUGAAAUACUUGCUGGAUCAAUGCUGGGACUUGAACUGUCAACAUUAGCAGCAGUUGCCAGUGGACAGUUUGCCUCUGCACAUGAUAAGCUUGGUCGGAAUCGCAAUGAUCUUGGCUUCAGGAAGUCGCACCUAACUGAAGAGUUCUUCCGUGAAGCUGUAUCAGAUCUGGGAGAACUCAUUGAAGUCAAGCAGACAACUGUGGAUUCCCGUACUAGCAUUCUGUCCGACAUGACCAAAUCACAGCUGAACAAGAUUGUUGGACAUAUUGCAUUCGAUAUCUCCGUUCAGAACAAUGGUGGUGAAACAAGAACCAUUCCAAUGGUGAUGAAGUCGAAGUCCACAGACCGUGAGACAUGCAAUGUCCUGAAUCGUCUUGCUCAAGCUUGUGGUCUGGAGCUCGCUCAACAGUAUGAAUCAUUCAAGAUGGACCUUGGUUUUCGGAACUGCCACAUCCGUGAGCUGGAAAUGCUCCGGAUCACCGAUCCUCGUUUCACAAGGAUUUCACCAAAGACGUUCUACAUCAAGCAGACUACUGAGAAGGAUGUCCUGGUGUACCUCAUGGAGCAUAUGAAAGACAUGCUUCAUUUUGCAACUGCUGACAAUCCAGUAGAUUGGACCAGAUCAGACCAAGAGCUUGUUCUUAGCGAUAUUGCUGACUUUCAUGCAAUGCAUUACGGUAAAGAAGAGGAGCUACUGAGCAAGAAGUGGAUUGAUGCUCACUACCCGGACGACAUGGUGGAGAAGUAUGAUCUAUGGAGUGCAUUGUUGAGGCACAACCAACGUGAACAUCCACACAUCUGGAAUCAUGAUGUUUGUACACUGGCACAGGAUAUCAUUGACCACAUUGGACCAAUCUGGCAAGCGUUUGAGGCUUCCACACGUACAUUGGUCCACAAUGAUUUCAACACACGUAACCUCUGUAUACGCCCUGCAUCACAAAGUGUGGAUGGAAAACGUCAUCUCUGCUGCUACGACUGGGAGUUGGCAACACUCCAUGUACCACAACGUGACGUUGCUGAGUUCUUGGCAUUCGUACUAAGCCCUGAUGCUCCUCUCAGUGAGUGGAAGAGUCUUCUAGAGCAUCAUAGGCUGGCACUGGAAACAGCUACUGGAUGUGAUAUUUCACAACAGCAAUAUCAAGAUGUAUUUGACCUAGUCAUGUGUGACCUGCUAGUCAACCGCAUAGCACUGUACGGCAUGGCGCAUACAUUCAAGGACUACGUCUUCUACGGCCGACUAGUAGCCGCAACGAGUGGCUACAUCCGUCAGCGUAUGCAGGAAAGCGACACGUUGGUACAAUUCUUCCGCUCCUGAAUAUGUACCAUCGGGUACAAACACCCGCACAUGUCCCUAUCAACUUAAUCAAGUAUAGCUUGGUAGUGUCUGUGUCCGACGGCUGUUCUAGCAGCCACCAGUCAAGUGUCACAGUGGUCUAUAGCACCAUGCAGCAAUGCCGUAGCACCACGUACACUUAACUGCUCAUGGUAGCUGUGUACAUACUGUGGACGUACUGUGUAGGUUUCUGGUGGAAUCAUCCUGGUUCACUAUGAUAUGCAUUACGAGUUAAAAAUCAUGCGGGUAUGGCAUUGUGCUGUGCAGCUAGCCGUAUACCAUAGUAGCACUGUAGCCGGCACAUAGUGCAUAUGUGGCAUGUACAAUCAUGUAUAUGGAUGGUUAGUGGUACUAUUCAUACUUGUAGUCGUAACACUCUGCAAAUAGCUGAGGCAUAUCCGCUCAACGGCUAACUUACCUGCUAGUGUAAUACAUCUGAUGAUAAACAAUCCCUUUUUUAUUUGGCCUCAUGCAGUAUGGCUUUAUGGUCUUCUACAUACCAAGUAAUAAUAAUAUAGGACAUAGCUAACUAUAAACCUGAAUAGCAAUACUGCAUGUCAAAGUAUACGGCAGUCACUACUCUAGUGACUCACCAGAUAUACUCCCCACUAAACUUGAACUUGAACUGCACGGAUGAUAACUUCGGGCCCGGCUUCUCAGCAGUAUCUAGUAAUCUCAUCAUCGCCUAAUAGUGUACAUUAUCAAAUACCUAGCAUCACCUAUUCCCUCAGCUAAUAGAAUAAUAUCAUUUUCCUGAUCAGUCUUAUCCACCAAUGUGGACAACCGCAUUGAACUGGCAUAUUACUGUCACUCGGCAUAACGUUAGUAACUGAAUACAGUUGAACAUCCGAUUACGGUGUAUUUCAAA